AUGAUUACCCGUACCGAUGAGGUGACGGUCGGUGCGGCGGCAGCGAAUGCCUGCUUCGGCCCAGCUGGUAUCCCUGAUGAUGUAUGUUUACUCAAUACCCUCGACUAUUUUUUUGGCUUUACUCAAUUUGGUUUGAGCUCACAAAAAAUUAUCAAAGUCGCUCUCGAUUCAGCUGAAGCGACUGUUCUACGAUUUGUCUGGACCAAACCGAAUUGUGAUGAAAGCGUAGCUCCAAUUGACGGUUAUGAAUACCAGGCAAGCACAACUCCUUCAGUUAUCUGUUUUCUCAGCACUCAAUUAAAAAUUCCAUUAUAG